AUGGCGGACGUGACAGUGCUGAGAUGCUGGCCGGCCUGCGUCGAUGCAAUCGAUUGGUCUUCCGACGGCAUCAUUGCAUUAGCGUCGGAUGAGCGCGUAGAGCUGCUCUUUCCGAACACCGUCGACUUCGAGCGGGACCAAGUCUUGCCGCAAUGGCAGCAUGUGCCUCUCAAGGUACCCUUGUUCUCGACCGAUGAGCUCCCACUCAAAGAACCUGCGCCAACAUCUAACUACUCCGUCGGCGAAGAGAUUUCUAACAGCGCUCCCAUCAGCAUCGCGUGGUCACCGCCCGGUAUUGCUAAACAUCGAAAAUGUGCGCUUGCUGCUCUUACCGCAAACUUGACGCUUUCCCUCUGGUCAGCAGCAGAAGGCAAGCCAGAAGAAGAGACCAGUUGGACUCGACGAUUGAUCAUCAACGAUGCGCUCGUUGACCACUUCGGAGACUGGGACCACGAACCUAGCCAUGUGGUGCACGAUUCCAAGGAACGACUGCGGUCGAGAGGCCGCAUUCGAGCGUUCGCCUGGGCACCCGCUCUGCCUUGCCCAGGGCCGGCUGGUGUUGUCGGUACUCACUUGGUAUACGGCCCGCACAUGCUAGUUGUCUCUGAUGACGAUAAUCACCUCGUGUUUCUCAAGGUUGAAACGCCCACGUCCUCCCUAGGAGCUGAGCCAGACUGGAGGGCAGACGUGUUAACACAUGAGUCUUUUGCACUUUCUUCGGACACGAUCUUCCCACAACCCAAUAUCUUCGAAGACAUGAUCAAACAGCAAAGAUACAUCUCGCAUAUUGCUUGGAGUCCUUGGAUCAUACGCGACGGGUGUUAUUAUUCCGUACUGGUAUACGCUACGAAUGAGGAUAUACGGGCGCGGACUAUCACGUACAACACUGGGCGUAUGAGCUUGCAGCAAGAAGUUGUCUAUGCAGGCCACGAAAUGCGAUAUGAUGGCCCGAUGAAAUGGUUUCACCGAGUCGAAGAUGAAUACAGACUAAAGCUCGCCCUCUUUACGAAUACGGGACUAGUAUAUCUAACGAUAUCCGCUCUUGACGCUUCUAUCAUCGAAAGGAGCACGCAUGAUCUAGACGGUCGAUGGGAUCCAGUUUCAGGCCUUGUCUGGGACACGACUCAGGCCACAACACCUCGUCUCCAUAUAAGCUCUCUACUAUCGACACUCCACAGCCCAACUGCUAUCCUCGAGCAGACUCCUGAUGGGCUCAAAAGCCUUGAUGCCCCAGAAUGGCGGGAGAGAAUCGGAAACAAUCUCGCACUGUUUAGUGUAAAGCACGAACUUAAAGGCAAUAGCAGGGCCAAGGUAUGGGGCCUCACGAGAUCUCCGCUAGGCGACUUCAUCGCGGCAUGCAACAGCGUACAUCCUUCCGAUAUGAUCGAGUACGGUAUUCCGGCUGACCGUAGUGGUGCCGUGGCUAUCAGCUCUUUGCGACCUGGCAGCCGUUCACGGGACAUCUUUCCAAAAGAGAACGUAACUUCAGAAGGACUCAUGUACAGUCUUAAGAAGUUGGCAGAAGAAGUUGUCGAGGACCCUGAUGACAUACCUGCAUUCGCGGAUGAGAUGGUUGGAAAGCUAGUUGAGACUUACACAGGUCCUCCUGUCAGUGAGAUGGACACGACCGCAUCAGCAGCGUACUUCGAUGUCAACGAUCUCGAUUCGUUGAUCAAGGGUUUCAAGGCGAUUGCUUUCCUUGAAUCACCUACACUGAAGGAUCGCUAUACCAUCCUUGUGUCUGAAGCCUACAAGACGCAGAUUAAUAAGGAGCUACCGAAGACUCUAAUUGCGUAUCGCCUUGCCGUGGCCUUGCAACAACUUCCUUCAUCACUAUCGCAUGCGCCCUUCAGCGCAGAAAUUCGCACGCAUCACAAACAACUCGUCACACUCAUCAACAUGGUCAUGGGCAAUGACGAUGCAUCCGAGUCCUUGCCCGCAGACAGAACUUCGGAGCAGGAAAGCGCAUCAUCAGUCAGCACCGACCCCCGAUCAGCAACAUGCACCAACGGACAUGUGUUCCCUAGAUGUGGCCUCACUUUCCUGGCUAUCCAGGCGCCCGGCAUCACAAAGUACUGUGGUAUAUGCAGCACACCAUUUCUAAGCGACGAGUUCAUCAUGGCCCAAGAAGACGUGGAACGCAAUAAUAGCUCUGACGCUGAGGAUAACACGGUCAUGACUGGCGUGACUAGAAACGGCAUGAUAUCAGAGGAAAGGGAGGAGAGCAGCGAUCCGUUGAACAAGAUGGAUGAAGAGGGUUCUAGCGACCAAGAAGGAGGCGAUCAAGAAAGCAACGAUUCCGACGAUGAAGGCGAUGUGUACGAACGCAAGGAAAUCCCUGUCACGCUGGCACGGGUAUUGUUUCUUGCUUGCGAUGCCUGCAUAUACUGCGGUGGCAAAUUUAUUGGUUGA